AACAAACGUCAUCUCCUACAUACUGCAAAUGAGAGACAAACUGGAAAAAUACAGAGAACAAGUUAAAGACCAUAUGCAGAAAGCACAACACAAGCAGAAGGUAUGGUAUGACAGACAUGCCCGUGAAAGAGAGCUGAAAACUGGCCAGAAAGUUUUAGUACUUUUGCCCAGUGGACCAAGUAAGCUACUAGCUAAAUGGCAAGGACCCUACACUGUGAUUAAAAGAGCAGGUCCGGUAACUUAUGAAAUUGCUUGUCCAGAAAAACAAAAGUCAAAGCAAUUGCUCCAUGUAAAUCUGCUAAAGGAGUAUCAUGAAAGAAAUGUUCCAGAAAUGGAUGUGAAGCAAACCCUGAUGGUACAAGACAUUCAGCCUGAAGACAGUGCCAUGUUGAUGGAUGGAGAAGCUGAAAUGAGUCCAUGCAGAAAAUUGGCCAAAUCUGAAGAGGCUCCAAAGCAUCUGACUCCAGACCAGUGGCAACAGCUGGGUGAGAUUAAACAAUCUUUUCCAUCACUGUUUGCAGAUGUACCUGGGCGAACUGAUGUCAUAACACACAAAAUAACCUUGAAAGACACAACACCUGUUCGUCUUAAGCCUUACAGGAUUCCCCAACAGAUGAUGGAACCACUGAAACAGGAGGUCCAGACAAUGCUGGAAAUGGGAGUGAUAGAGCCAUCAAGAAAGUCCUAACUUUUCCAAGCCAUUUAUUGUUCAAGUGGAUGCUUCAAAUGUUGGUCUUGGAGCAGUGCUCGCUCAGGGAGAAGCUGGUGAAGAAAAACCUGUCCUUUUCUUAAGUAAAAAGCUGUUUGACCGAGA